AUGGCAGCUAAAGGGAUCAUGGAGGCAACUCGAGAACGAGAAACGUUCAAAUAUGACUCGAUCCUGAUUGCCAGCUCAGUCCGCAAUGACAUCGCAAACCCGAUACCCUCGUCUGCACUCCGCUCGUGCCCUGAUCCAGCCCUGACAGCCCUGGCUCAGGUCGCUGUCUUGAGACUAGGAGCCUCUCGUGCCCGCAUUUCUUUGUUCGACUGCCAGCGUCAACACAUCAUCGCCGAGGCCACGCCUACGCUCAGCAUAUCUGCCAGCGCCGAAUCGCCAACCUAUGACUCAGAGCGACUCUGGCUCUGUGGAACUUCCAUCCCCAGGUCCUCUGGAGUAUGCGAGCACGUUCUUACCCCUCAACAGUCGGACUCGCCAUCCGAACCACCUUCCUCUGGGAGGCUCCCCGUCACCGUCAUUCGCGACCUUUCUGAGCACGCCGUCUUCCGAGAAAAGAGCUAUUGCCAAGGCUGGCCCCAGAAUCGCUUCUAUUCGGGUGUUCCAAUUCAGUCCCCUCGGGGCAUCAACAUUGGCGUCUUUUGCAUCUUCGAUGCGAAGCCCCGCCCGGGCCUGGAUGAUGCGUCCAUUCACCUCAUGCAAGAUGUCUCGAAAGCCAUCCUGAAUCAUCUAGAACUGCGACGAUCUGGCGAGGGCCGUCGCCCCGCAGAGCGCAUGGUGCGCGGAUUGGGGAGCUAUGUCGAGGGAAAGGCCACCAUGUCUGGCUGGCAGGGCAGUUUCAGCCACGCCUUCGACACGAAUCAUGCUACCGAGGAGGGCUCCCUGAAUUCCGGGCAGCAAGACUUGCAGCGUCGACAAGAUGAGCUUGCGCCCGACUCCAUCAUCGACACGACCGAGCCCGAAAAGAGCAGACCGCUGACGGAGCCCUUUGUCCUUGCUAGUCCCAUUGAAGCCGGGGCGUCUGCAUCGUUUGGUCCACAUAGCGAUCAAUCAAUGCUGCUGAUAGAUCAGCCCCGACACGUACAGUUGCGCCGAAUUUUCUCAAAAGCUGCCAACAUAUUGAGGGAAUCCAUCGAGGUCGAGGGUGUGCUCUUCUUGGACGCGAGCGUUGCAUCUUUUGCUGUCCUCGUUGGCCGUAGAAGCCUCCCACGGUACUCGAGCACCAAAAGGCGCCCAUCCUCCUCAUCCUCAUCCUCAAACUAUAGCGAGUUCAACGCAAAUCCCUUCCCUUCGAGCAAUUCGGAUGCAGCGCCAGCCACCUGUAGUGUCUUGGGGUUUUCCACUUCUAUAUCGAGCAGCAUCGAUGGCCAGGAUCCAACAGCUCGCAAUCAAUCACUACCUGAACAACAUUUGCAACGAUUGCUUCGCCGCUAUCCAAGGGGAAAGAUAUUCAACUUUGAUCAUCAUGGGGUGUUGGCUUCAAGUAGCCGUUCUGGAGAAGAAGCUACGCCGGUUUCUGCUCAAGGUUCAAUUGGUCACGAGAAUGACCAGAGUGAUCACCCAAAGUUGACACGACGGCAUGAAGAUGUAUUCUCGCGCAAGAAUGAGGGUAAAGUAAUUUCAAAUCUCUUCCCGGGAGCCCGCAGCGUCGCUUUCGUACCUCUCUGGGAUGCAAACAAGCAGCGUUGGUGUUCGGGCUGUUUUGUCUACACCAUGACACCCACACGCAUCCUUACCGUCCAGGGUGAGCUCAGCUAUCUAUCGGCAUUUGGCACAGUCAUCAUGGCCGACGUGGCAUUGAUGGACAGCUCGAUUGUGACCUCGGCAUCCACCAGUCUUCUCAGCUCACUCUCCCACGAGCUGCGAUCUCCGCUCCACGGAAUCGUUCUGUGUGCAGAGCUCCUCCGCGACACUUCGCUGGAUGUGUUUCAAGGCGAUGUGCUUCGCUCUGUUGAAGUUUGCGGCCGCACUCUACUUGAUACCAUCAAUCACUUGCUUGAUUGGUCAAAGAUCAACAACUUCAUCCGGAGUCCAAGAGAGCCACCGACACAUUUGACGCGGCCACCGAGACGGGGCGUGCAAUCUCCCCAGAGGAAUUCGGUGUCGGAUGGGAUGAUGUACAUCACUUCGGAUCUGGAUGUGGACAUGUUGGUGGAAGAAAUCGUCGAAUGUGUCCACGCCGGACACACCUACCAAGAGCAAUCCUUGUUUCGUUUCCGUAAUCAAGAGUCACCGGAAAACACUGAUACUCAUCCGCAUAGUAUACUUGACGGCAUAGAUGCCGCGGAGAACUCGGAUGCGUUUGGCAGUACAAACAGAUCGCAACAGAUCUCUGAAGAAGUCGUGGUGAUCCUGGACAUUGAUCCUGCAGUGGAAUGGGCAUUCCAUUCUCAACCGGGCGCGCUUCGAAGGAUCAUUAUGAAUCUAUGCGGAAACUCACUCAAGUACACGAAUCGUGGCUUCGUCAAGGUAGCGGCCUACCAAGAACCCCGAAGUCAGCGCGGGUCGAGAGAUCGAGUUGUUCACAUUGACAUUGUCGACACUGGACCGGGAAUUGGGCCAGAUUAUCUCAACCAUAGCCUGUUCAAACCAUUUACACAAGAACACACGCAUUCUGCGGGAGCCGGUCUUGGCCUUAGCCUUGUGAGGAAGUUUGUCAAAGCACUUGGUGGCUCGAUUCAAAUCCAGAGUCUGGUGGGCAGGGGGACGAGAGCGACUGUGAAGCUUCCACUUCAAGUUUCUAGUCUUGAGGCGACCGAUACAGUGGCCGAACGGGACGAAUUCAAGGCACAAGUGAUUGAGCUGUCCCGUCUGCGCGUCGCGGUCUUGGGCUUCUCACCCUCCUACAGGGGGUUGGACCUUUCUCAGUGGAAUUUAAAGGAGUUUGACGAACAGAGGUCUCUGGAGAAAAUAUGCCAAGACUGGUUGCGCAUGCAGGUUGUCGACAUGGAUGAGAGGUCAGAGUUUCUCCCAGAUCUGAUCCUUUGCGACGAGAAUCAUGUUGGACUCCUUACGAAACAGCCGCGCGACGAAUCCUCGUCUCCCGUCAUUGUCGUAUGCCACAGUGUGGCAGCAGCUCGGAAGAGGGAAAAAUCACACAAAUCGCUGCAAAAACUCAACGGGGGCUUGUUCAGCUUCAUCUCUCGCCCUAUUGGGCCUAGAAAGCUGGCCAAGGCCCUGGUGCUUAGUUUCAGGCGAUGGGUGAAAAUGCAGGCAUCGGCUGCCGAGGUGUCAAGCAUUUCGACGAUACUUGACCGGCUCCCUCCGCCGCCAGAAGUCGAUGAGGCUCCCUACAAACUCAGUGACCAGAGCAACGGUGCCAAGCGACCGCGUCUCGAAGUUACGGAAUCCAAUCAAGAAGUCAGUACCCCCAAGCCGCCUGCUCAAGAGAAACCCCAGGAUACUCGCGAGCCCCGCUUCCUUCUCGUAGAAGACAAUGCAAUCAAUAUGAGAAUCCUUCAAGCAUUCAUGAAGAAGCUUGGCCACGUAUACGACGCAGCAACGGAUGGGAGACAAGCCGUUGAUUCCUACAGAGACGGAGGUGGACGCUAUCGGUGCAUUCUAAUGGACAUAUCCAUGCCAGUGAUGGAUGGAUUCGAGGCGACUCGCCUGAUUCGGGGGUUCGAAAAGGAGAAGCACCUUCCACGGUGCCACAUAUUUGCCAUAUCGGGGCUGGCCUCGAAAGAAGCGCAAGAAGAUGCGUUUGCGACGGGGUUGGACCUAUUCCUCUCUAAACCGGUGCAACUAAAGGAGCUGAGCCGGAUCUUGAAGAGCUAUGGCAUUGUCUAA